CUCCCACAAUGCACCGCAGCUCGAGCUGCCUAACGCUCUAUAUAAAGGCUGGGGGGGGGAGAGAGGGAGGGGUGCCGUGGAGAAGGGACACACAGCCGACAGAAGGGAGCCAGGACAGCAGCCUCAACGCGCAGCGCCGUCACAGAGAGAGCAGUUGGAAGUAUACCUUCAAACCUAACAGAUCAUCAUGUCAGAUAAACUGAAGAACGCCAAGAUCAUCUUUGUUGUGGGUGGUCCUGGCUCAGGGAAGGGCACCCAGUGUGAGAAGGUGGUGGCCAAGUAUGGCUACACCCACCUGUCCUCAGGUGACCUGCUCCGCGCGGAGGUGGCCUCUGGAUCUGAGAGGGGCAAACAGCUGUCCGCCAUCAUGCAGAAGGGAGAGCUGGUCCCCCUGGAUACGGUGCUGGACAUGAUUAAGGAAGCCAUGAUCGCCAAGGCCGACGUGUCCAAGGGCUACCUGAUCGAUGGCUACCCCCGCGAGGUCAAGCAGGGCGAGGAGUUCGAGAAGAAGAUCGGGGCGCCGUCCCUGCUCCUGUACAUCGACGCCAAGUCGGAGACCAUGGUGAAGAGGCUGAUGAAGAGGGGCGAGACCAGCGGCCGGGCCGACGACAACGAGGAGACCAUCAAGAAGCGCCUGGACCUGUACUACAAGGCCACGGAGCCCGUCAUCGCCUUCUACCAGGGCCGCGGCAUCGUCAGGAAGAUUGACUCCGAGGGCUCUGUGGACGACGUGUUCAGCAACGUAGCCAAAGCCAUCGACAGCUUGAAGUAAAGCCGCCCCUGCGCGAGGAACUCUGUUUUUUUAUUUUUUAAAUUUUCCCGCCUCAACGAUACGAACUGCUGACCGACGGCCGGGGGCCGACGCCGGGCCUCGGAGGCUCAUCUCUGCCUUAAUUCGAGCGUCGCUUCGACGCCGGAGCGCCGUUAUCCUGACUCCCCCCCCCGGCCCCGCCCCGUCCCGCCGCUCCGCCGCCGAGGACCGACACCUGCGCACCCGUCAUCUGUCCGCCGUCGCCCGCUCCCCCUGUUCUCUCUUCUCUUUUCAUAAAAGCUCUCUCACUCCAUCCCUGUUCUGUGUCUGCCAUUAAAAUGCCAUCUUCACGUCUCUGACCGAA